GGGUGGGAAUCGAUCUUCGAUCAGGAAGAUGGCUGCUGGCUGGCUGCUGGUCUUCAGCCUGACACUUUUCCAGUCGCUCGUGCUCAACCUCUCCUCGGAAGGACCCUUCCCCUCCGCCACCACGAUAAAGUCAUGGGUGGAUAAGAUGCAAGAAGACCUUGUAACGUUGGCACGAACAGCAAGUGGAGUGGACCGGCUCGCUGCGAUCUAUUUGCAAAACAAAGAUUUGUACACUGUAGAAGCCAACAACCCUCGUCAGUUGGUGGAAAUAGCAGCCAGAGACAUUGAAAAACUGCUGAGUAACAGGUCGAAAGCCUUGGUGGGCCAGGAAUCACGACCUCUGGAUGUGUCGCAUCCCCCUUCAGUGAUGCGGAGCUGUGGGAAGCCAUUGGCUCUUCAUCUUCUGCUCUUCGUCACCAUCCCUCCUCUGUCACCAGCCACGACAGCCCUGGGCAUGGUGGCAGCUCCUCAGCUUGCACGUCCUGUUCCAGCUACAGUGAAUGUCUGGCAGCUCCCCGGGCAUCUUGCUGUGUGCUCAUUUACAAGCCAGAAAGUCAUGAACCAGAAAAUGGGAAUAGCAUUUGCACGGCUAGAUAGAAGACAACGAUGCCUGAUUUUAACGUGCCUGACUAUCAUGGAGGUAUCAGAAACCCAGAGGGACAAAGUGGUGUGGAAGCUGCAAUGA